AUGACUUUGCGCAUAUCUCGAACCAGGUUGGUCACGGAAUUCCCAACUUUGCCUGAUUUAAAGACAAAGCUUUUUGGAAUUUUUGGUGCAUUGGGAGUUGCACUUUCAUCCAACGGAACGAUUGUGCACCUUCUUGACGACGACGACGAAGUUUCAGAAACUAAUGUAGCAGGUGCGCCGGCGUCGUCCUCUAUAAACGGAUCCGCAAUAAAAUCGCCAAAAGUAGUUCCUUCUCAAUUAGAAGGAGACAUGUCGAGCGGGUCGAGUAGUGUUGUCCCGUCAUCGGACAUGCGAACAAAUGCAACCUCAAUUUCAAAGAGUCCUUCACAACAAUCCACGGUCAACUCAAUAAUACCUGGUGAACGACAAUUACAAUUACAACAGCAAGCAGCCCAACCGACGAAUCAAUAUGUGCAGUCAUUUUCUCAACAGCAGACGCAAGUAUUGACAAACUCACAACUAUACUCGUCAAUCGCCAAUCCACGCGCGCUUCAAUUGCGCCAAACGGUUGCUAAUUCUUUCUUGAUCCAACCUCACGCGGGACAAAUUUCUUCGUACACCGGAAUGCAGCAUUUAAUGAGACCUCAACAGACCCUUCAAUCACAACAACCCAUUCAGAUGAUGACGAAUACGAUGCCCUCACACAUGAUAACGCAACUAUUAAUCGAGCAGGGAAUGCAAAAUCCGAUUUACGGUUUACAUUAUCAGCAAAUACAAUCUGUGGGUGCAAUUCCAUCGUCAAUACAACCUAUCGGAGGAACACUACAAACAAACGCCCUCGCGGGAAGUGUAUCAUCCAAUUCCAAUUCCAUCACUGAAAAUGCCAUGGUAGCUCAAGGUUCCGUCGUAUCACCAUCGGUAACAUCCGACAUUCGAGUGCCCACCACUAAUGUUAAUAGGGCUUCUAUAAAUUUACAAAAUCAGGUGGCUGAGUUUGGAGGCUUUCCUUCGGUUGGUCAUAGGGAUGGUAAAAAUUGA